AUGGCCACCAACGGUACCAAAGGCGAGGCCGUCGCCGACACCACCCACACUACCUCCCAACGUUAUCUCAGCACCCGUGGAGAGGACAGCGGUUUCUCCUUCGAAGAGGCCGUCCUCAAGGGCCUCGCGAGCGACGGCGGCCUGUUCAUCCCUGAGCACAUCCCCCAGGUCGAUGACUGGCAGUCCUGGAAGGACCUGGCCUUCCCCGACCUCGCCCACAAGAUCCUCUCCCGAGACCACCCCCUCCGCCACCUCAACGACAACCUCUACCUCCUCGAGCUGUUCCACGGCCCCACCUUUGCCUUCAAGGACGUUGCUCUGCAGUUUCUCGGCAACCUUUUUGAGUACUUCUUGGUGCGCAAGAAUGAGGGCAAGACAGGAAAGGACAGACAUCAUCUGACUGUUGUCGGUGCCACGAGCGGUGACACCGGUUCUGCCGCCAUCUACGGUCUGCGAGGCAAGAAGGAUGUCUCCGUCUUCAUCCUUCACCCCAAGGGCCGUGUGAGCCCCAUCCAGGAGGCUCAGAUGACGACCGUCUUGGACGAGAACGUCCACAACCUUGCUGUUACUGGCACCUUUGACGACUGCCAAGAUAUCGUCAAGGCUCUCUUCGCCGAUUCCGACAUCAACUCGACCCACAACCUCGGUGCCGUCAACUCCAUCAACUGGGCGCGUAUCCUGGCCCAGAUCGUCUACUACUUCCACUCCUACUUCUCCCUCGUCAAGUCUUCCGAGACCUUCAAGCUCGGCGACAAGGUCCGCUUCGUCGUGCCCACGGGUAACUUUGGCGACAUCCUCGCCGGUUACUUUGCCUACCGCAUGGGUCUGCCCGUCGACAAGCUCGUCAUCGCGACCAACGAGAACGACAUCUUGCACAGAUUCUGGACGACUGGCAAGUACGAGAAGCAGCCCUCUCCCCCCGCGGAAGCCGCCGGCGGCCUGGCCCAGGACGGCGUCAAGGCGCACGAGGAUGGCGUCAAGGAGACUCUCAGCCCCGCCAUGGACAUUCUCGUCUCAAGUAACUUUGAGCGCCUGCUGUGGUUCCUGGCCUACGAGUUCGCCUCUAGCGCCGGCAUGGACGACGAGUGGAACAAGAGGCAGGCCGGCCAGGAGGUGUCUUCCUGGCUCAAGGACCUCAAGACAAAGGGCGGCUUCGGCCCCGUCUACCAGGACGUGCUCAACUCGGCCCGUCGCGACUUUGAGAGCGAGCGCGUCAGCGAUCCCGAGACCGUCGAGACCAUCAAGAGCUACUACAACAAGAUUGGCUACGUCCUGGACCCUCACUCCGCCAUUGGCGUGUCUGCUUCCGAGCGAUCCAUCGGCCGCGCGGGCGCCGAGGUGCCGCACAUUUCGCUUUCCACGGCCCACCCUGCCAAGUUUGCCGGCGCCGUUGACCUGGCUCUCAAGGACGAGGAGGGCUUCGACUUCAAGGCCAAGGUCCUGCCGUCAGAAUUCGUCGGCUUGGAGGAGAAGAAGAAGAGGGUGACGGAGAUUGUCAACGACUGGCAAAAGGUGCGGGAGGUUGUCAGGGCGCAGGUCGACGAGGAGCUCAAGGCCGCCGAGAGCUGA